AACUAAACCUAGCAACUCGGGGAUCUUCGCGGCGGUCGUGGCCAAAGGGCUUCGGAAACCUUGAGUUCCCACUCAGCGGUUUCCAGCCUCCUGGGCAAGGGAACAGUCUCCUCCUUUGCCUAGGACUCUGGAGCCAUCUCAUUCUGGUGAGAGUAAGGGUCAGCCUAGAAACAGAAGCCUUUAACCGGGAAAAGACUGACAUGCCGGUCCUGUGUGACAGAUUGCUGAAGUUAAAGGAGAUGUUUAACUCUAAGUUUGGAUCCAUCCCAAAAUUUUAUGUUCGAGCACCAGGAAGAGUCAACAUAAUAGGAGAGCAUAUAGAUUACUGUGGAUAUUCUGUUCUUCCUAUGGCUGUAGAGCAAGAUAUGUUAAUAGCUGUUGAACCUGUAAAAACUCACACUCUCCAACUGGCCAAUACAAAUCCCUUGUAUCCAGACUUCAGAACUAGUGCUAAUAGCAUUCAGAUCGACAACACCAAGCCUCUGUGGCACAACUAUUUCUUAUGUGGAUUUAAAGGAAUUCAGGAACACUUUGGUCUUAGUAACCUGACUGGAAUGAACUGCCUGGUAGAUGGAACUAUCCCACCAAGUUCUGGCCUCUCCAGUUCAAGUGCUUUGGUCUGUUGUGCUGGCUUGGUAACACUCACAGUGCUAGGAAUGAAGCUAUCCAAGGUGGAGCUUGCAGAAAUCUGCGCCAGGAGUGAGCGGUAUAUUGGCACUGAAGGAGGAGGCAUGGAUCAGUCCAUAUCAUUUCUUGCAGAAGAAGGAACUGCCAAGUUGAUAGAAUUUAGUCCUCUGAGGGCAACUGAUGUGAAACUCCCAAGUGGGGCAGUGUUUGUGAUUGCCAACAGUUGUGUGGAAAUGAAUAAGGCAGCAACUGCUCAUUUCAAUAUCAGAGUGGUGGAGUGUCGGCUGGCUGCAAAGCUACUGGCUAAAUACAAAAACUUGCAGUGGGACAAAAUACUGAAGCUGGAGGAAGUACAGUCCAAGCUGGGGGUUAGUCUGGAAGAAAUGCUGCUGGUCACAGAGGACGCCCUUCACUCCAAGCCUUAUAGCCCUGAAGAGAUCUGCAGGUGUUUGGAAAUUAACCUAGAGGAACUCCGAACUCAAAUCCUGAGUCCAAACACUCAAGAUGUGCCCAUCUUCAAACUCUACCAGCGGGCAAAACACGUGUACAGUGAGGCCGCCCGAGUGCUCCAGUUUAAGAAGAUAUGUGAAGAAUCACCUGACAACAUGGUCCAGCUGCUGGGGGACUUGAUGAACCAGAGCCACACGAGCUGCCGGGACUUGUACGAGUGCAGCUGCCCUGAGCUGGACCAGCUGGUGGACAUCUGUCGGAAGUUUGGAGCUCAAGGGUCACGACUUACUGGAGCAGGAUGGGGAGGCUGCACAGUAUCAAUAGUACCUGCAGAAAAGCUAUCCAGCUUUCUAGCAAAUGUGCACGAAGCUUACUACCAGAAGAAUGAUGGAAGCUUAGCACCCCAGAAACAGAGUUUGUUUGCUACCAAGCCUGGAGGCGGGGCUUUGGUUUUCCUUGAGGCCUAAACAAUGUAAAAAAUCUCAGCAAAGCUAUUUAGGGCAUUUAGGAACUGGCAGGACUUCCUAUGCCACAGUAAAUUAAUCCUCUUUCUGUUUUGUAUUAUGAUGAACGGUUGCUAUUAUCAAGAUGUACUUCCAAAGAAAUGGUUGAAAGCUCUCUAUGCUUCAUAAUUAUUACUUUUCCAUUUAAAAAAAUUUUUUUUAACCAAUAAGAGCCAAACUUAUGCUUGGACAGAUCUUUUAAAGAUGACUUACUGAGAUUUAUUGAAGAUUUUAAAGAUGAAUAGUAAAAAACACUCUUAAUAUUUCAUGGAUUAGACUGCUACAAUUAAACUGAUAAAAUUGAA